UUAACCAAGAACCAGGACGGCCGCUCCGUCUAUGUACAUUUGGUCUUUUCUAUUUGCACUUGGAUCGAGUCCUCUCCGUUUCUAGUUCUUCAUUCUGCAACACUUCAACUAAUCACUUAUCCUGUCUAUAUAGAGAAAUAGAAUUCAGCUCAGUUUUUAGAGAAGAGAAAAAAGAAUCAAGAUGGCCCAGAGAAAAGGAAUCGGGGAGAAUAAACAGAAAGACGAUUUUCACGUAAUUCAUAAAGUUCCCACCGGUGAUAGUCCUUAUGUUAGAGCUAAACAUGUUCAGUUAGUAGAAAAGGAUCCAGAAGCAGCCAUAGUGUUGUUUUGGAAGGCGAUAAAUGCGGGUGAUAGAGUAGACAGUGCACUAAAAGACAUGGCUGUGGUGAUGAAGCAACAAGAUAGAACUGAGGAAGCCAUUGAAGCGAUCAAGUCCUUUAGAGACCGGUGCUCUAAACAAGCCCAAGAAUCCUUAGACAACCUUCUCAUUGACUUAUACAAGAAAUGCGGGAUGGUAGAUGAGCAAAUACAUUUGUUGAAGCAGAAGCUAAGGAUGAUAUACCAAGGGGAGGCUUUCAAUGGGAAGCCGACAAAGACAGCACGUUCCCAUGGGAAGAAAUUUCAAGUAUCAAUCAAGCAGGAGACUUCCAGAAUAUUGGGGAAUCUAGGAUGGGCAUAUAUGCAACAACAUAAUUAUAUAGCUGCCGAGGUGGUAUACAAGAAGGCACAAAUGAUAGAUCCAGAUGGGAACAAGGCAUGCAACUCGAGUCUUUGCCUGAUAAAGCUAGGUCGGUUUGAUGAGGCCCGGUCCAUUCUCCAAGAUGUAGUGUUAGAUGGGAGGAGCAUCAUAAACGCAACACCAUCCUCCUUAUCAUCAUCAUUGUCGGAAGAAAGUACCAGGGCUAAAAACCGAGCAGAAGAGAUGCUUCACCAACUUGAUCAACUCGAUCAAUAUUAUAAAUCAGAGCAGCAAUUCUCUUCAUUUUCCUCUACCGUAUCACCAUCGUCGGUGCCAACACCGUCGUUUGAAGAAACGGUGGUGGAAAUGUUGGACAAACUUAAUAAUGAGUGGGUCCCAUCUUUUAGAUCAUCUAGAAGAUUACCCAUCUUUGAAGAGAUAUCUCAGCUGCGAGAUCAGUUGGCUUGUAAUUAAUUGUAGUACUAGUUGGGUAGUCUUCUUUAAUGGGUUCUUUUUGUUUUUAGUUUUUUUUCUUUCAAUUUGUGGGAAAUGCUUUGAAUAAGUGGUGCGAAUGGGAUCCGGGUGUAAAUAUCAGUAUGGUGCAUGAAUAACAAACUAGUAGUGCUGGAAUGUAUAAUCUUAUGGAGUGAAAAUCUAUUCUGAAUUUGAAA